CUCCAUGCAACCCCAAAAAAUCUAAAUGUGUGCCGUGUGUGUGCACUUGCAAGUCUGCAAGUAUCUUUGCCCUUAAAAGUAUGUAGUGUGUCUUGGCAUUUGUGUGUUGUUCUUUAGGAAUGUGUGCUUGUGUGUGGUGUGGCUGAGUGUGUGUGCCCGCAGCAAAACUGUGCAGGCAGUAAGAGGAAUGUUUUCCUGAGGAACUGGUGCUGAGCCGCCACCCUCUGUUGCCUGGGCAACAACACUAUCAUAGCUCAGCGCAUGAUGGAGGCAGUCCUAGGAGACCCUGGUCCCCUGGUCUCCUAGGUUACUAGUCCUGCUGGUCCCCUGGUCUCCUAGGUUACUAGUCCUGCUGGUCCCCUGGUCUCCUAGGUUACUUGUCCUGGUCUCCUGGUCUCCUAAGUUACUAGUCCUGGUCUCUUAGGUUACUUGUCCUGGUCUCCUGGUCUCCUAAGUUGCUAGUCCUGGUCUCUUAGGUUACUAGUCCUGGUCCCCUGGUCUCCUAAGUUACUAGUACUGGUCCACUGGUCUCCUAAAUUACUAGUCCUGCUCUCCUAGGUCAAUAGUCCUGAUCCCCUGGUCUCCUAGGUUAGUAGUCCUGGUCCCCUGGUCUCCUAAGUUACUAGUCUUGGUCCCCUGGGUCACUGAGGUGUAGCGUGGAACUGGUGCAGUGUCGUCCUGUUGUUGCCAGGCACACAGGGCCUAUAUACAGGGCUAUCAUCACCAUGGUCACAAAUAGCAUGGGAGUAACCAGGCUUUUGUACAGUGCGAGGACAUACUUCUAUAGACUCCUAAAUAAAUUAAAAUAUAUAAAUAAUUGUCAACAGGAUACAUUACUCUCACCAGUAUAUUGUCUAUGAGGCUUUAACAAACUUUAUUUAUGCAAGGCUGUUUUAGAUGUGAGAGGGAAUUGUUAUUAUUACAGUUGAACACUGCUGAACCAUACCACAUACCAGCACCACCAUGUGGCCAAAAGCAAUAUUUCAGAAUAUUUCCAAAAACAAGGCAAAGGAUUUACCAGAGUAUGUAGGCCUGGUCAUUGUAAUUUUGGGCUAAUAUAGACAUAUACAUCAGACAAUAUACAUCUGAUAGAUUUAAAGUUUGAUGGUCAGGGUGGUCAGAGAAAACUCUCUCACGACAGUUUGUCCAUUAAGGCCACAGCCUGUGUGCGGACAUCAGCACUUUGUUGGUAAUUGAAUGUGGCAUUAAGCUGUCUGUCAGUAAAGCUGGCUUGCGUGUUACAACGUGAAUGUGAUCUUGUUUGUGUCAAUGCAUAUGUAAAGGGUAAAAGGAGAUGAGAAGGUCCGUAGAAAGUGAACCAGAACUAAAUAGAGUUGCAAACUGACAGAAAGGAAAUAGAGGAACAACUAAAGAUAAAGCUUUGAAGAAGAUUUCUUUAGUUGAUUCUGCAUUGGUUUUAUUAAGACAUUGAACUACAAAUUUGGUUCACAUUCUAACAUUUCUGAAUAGGACCCUGCAGACCAGCUACAGCCUCUUCCCUCCUCUCAUCAACUCUUUCAUCUACUGCCUCAGGACCAAAGCCCGAACAGACAUGAGCUGCACCCCUGCCAGCCGAGUCCCAGCUUCACCUCACAGUGUGAUUACCAUCACAGGUCCAACAGAUUCACCCAUGGAGGAGAGUCCAGGACAGAGGAGAGGAAGCAGGGCCUACCAGAUCUUUCCUGAGUUUCCCGUGGCCACAGAGUCAGACUCAAAGUCAGGCAGCGAGCUGCACUGCAGGGAGCGGCUGCCCUCCAUCGUGGUGGAGCCCACUGAGAUGAGUGAGGUGGAGAGUGGGGAACUGCGCUGGUCUCUGGACGGGCCGGAAGAGGAGGAGGAUCCCUUCAACGAGAACAGCCUUCCCCGCACAGACAGCCCUUCUGGUGGGGAGCAGUCAGAAGACAUGGGGGCCGAAGACAGGUCAGCUGUUCGGAGGCAGUCUAUUGGUCCAGCUCAAGGCCAGCUCGACCUGUCCCGUCUGACUCCUCCACCCUCGCCCCCCUCCCCCGAGGCAGCGCCCCCCUGCCCCGAGGCAGCGCCCCCCAGCCAGAGGAGCAGAGACAGCAGCUCACCCACGCAGGAACUCUGACGUCACAUGACACUUUGUUCAUCUGAUGUCACAUGACACUUUGUUCAUCUGACGUCACAUGACACUUUGACACAUUGCAUACUCCCGACAAUCCUUAUACUGUAUGGUCACAAAAGAAAAGUAAGACCAGUAGAUGUUAGUCUCAUCCCAUGUACCCAAUCAUAGUAUUUGAUGAAAGAGUAUGAGGAGUUUACAAGCAUGCACCUUGGGCAUCCCACUAACCUUCCUGUUGUGACUACUUUAACUUUAGCAAUGCUGGCCUUUUGUUUUGGAACAAGAAUGUUGAAAAUGCAUCCUUCUUCUCCCUGGAGACCAUGAACUUUAGCAGCUUUAACACCUGAAAUUGUUUUGAGAUACUAAAGCUACUGGACAUAUGAUAAAAAUCAUGUUAUUUCAUAAUAUCUAUGAAAACAAUGUGUUUAGAAAAUGCUUUAAAUAAUUGCAGCAACACAGUUGUUUGUGAGUUGGCAUAACAACGAAAACAAAUAAAUAAACACAACUCAUUAAUAUUUUCCUUAAAUUGUAAUACUUUAGCAUACAUCUUGGAAAUAAACAUAUCUGGUAAUUAUGCCUCCAUAGAUGUGUGCAGUAUCCUCCUGACCCUGUGGUGAAGCUGCUUUCUCUCACACAUUACCCAGGGAGGAGAGCAGGCCUUGUGCUCUCCCAGGGCAGAAAUGGAUCUAAAAUCUUACGCCAUUCAAGCGUAUUUCUGCCAUGGUGGAUCGAUAUGAUCCAUGUUCUACCUCUCGGGCUGCUUAAGAAUAGCGUGCACAAGCAAUUAUCUGGACUACUUGAACCUGGCUCGAAUUAGUUGAUUGAUUGCAUGAACUAGAACAGGGCUUUAUGGAACUUUAUCCCCUACUGAUUUGUUACGUUCACUCGUGUCAGGUUUGGGACUUUAAUCCCCAUUUUUGAGUGUGCUUUAUGGAACUUGUCCCUGGGAUCAGCAUUUGUUUGUGUUUUUGUAUUACUUGAAGCAUUUCAGGAAGCCCCAAAAUCAACAGUAUUGAAAAGCAGGGAUGUGUCGUUAGGGUUAGGGUUAGGGUUAACCCUAAAGCAGGGAUGUGUCGUUAGGGUUAGGGUU